AUGUUCCGCCACGUCCUGAUUGCCAUACUGAUUGCCUUUGACUUUCUCAAAGCCAUUGUGUUGCUUGUGUACCCAGCAACAUCCGAGAACACCUCUGAAGGGUCCGUGGAAAACAUCAAAUUCCUCAACGCCAUAGGAUGGCUAACGUGUUUCAGCAUCGAGGGCGCUGACCUCAUCAUCGUUUGUUUUGCUGUGCACAUCGCGCUUCUGAUUUUCCGCCCUGCUGUUUCCCAGCAUUCAACUGGUGAAGGCGGUCUUCAUACUGUUCGAAAAUACGUCUACACUUUGACGUUUCUCAUUCCCGUGAUUCUCAGCUCACUCACGUUCGCAGGAGACCAGAGGUACGUAGACCAAGUCAGCUGGAGUUACAUGGAGCCGCUUUCUGCGGUCUGGUAUCUGACCUGGAUCAUCCGGUACUGUAUUGCCGUCCUGAUCGCCACAAUCUAUGUCUCGGUCUAUUUCUACGUGAUGCGCCAAUAUAGGGCCGUGAGCAGCAAAAUGGAUUUCGUCAGCAGUCAGAAGCGCGGACUCGUCUCUGAAGUUCUGCAAGACUCGGUCAUGUACAAAGUCGGCCAGUUGCUGCUGAUGCUCGUUUUCCCAGACGUGCAAAUAAGUGCCAAAUUGCAUGGGAAGGACCUCAACACGGACACAGACAUCGAAAACAUGGACAAUCUCCGCCACCACGAUCCGGAACUCGCGGAUUAUCGCCCUCCGCAGUCUCCACAGUCGCCGAACCAAGACCGAUCAAGACACGAAGUGGGAUUGGAUAUCCAGCAAUUGCUGCACGAAGAAGCAAUGGAAAGACUCCGAAUACGACAACUACAGAUCAUGCGACAGAUGAAGGUGGUCUUCAUCUAUCCCGUUUCCUAUAUCCUGCUCUGGCUGUGGCCGUUUGUGGCCCAGUGCUACCAGCUGCAACGGGGUCGUCGAGCAUACUACCAUUUAUGGGUGUUCUGCAUCUCCUCCUUCUUCCAGGCAUUCAACUGUACCAUCGACACAUUGGUGUUCCUGUUUAGGGAGCACCCUUGGGACCUUCGAGCCAGCAAAGUGGACCCCUAUGCUGAACAUAACUACUGCUGGCUCCGACGCAAACUCUCGUUUCUUCCGGGUUAUAGGCUCGGCAGUACCACGAUACGAAACGCUAAUAAGACUUCCAGGCCGAACGUAGAACACCACGGCUCAGAGCUCGACAUGCACGCCUCCGACUCCAGAUCUAGCUCGAUCGUGGACCCCAAAGAAAACUCGCACAAUAAUACGGUCAGCAUGGCGGAUUUCCUAAACUCCUCCGUCCCGAAAAGCUCUCAAGCAACGGCAAAUCCUUCGACACGACGCAGCUCCAAGUUCAGCUGGCGCGCGUUUUCGCACAUAGGCUCGUUGACCGAGUCAAACCACUCUGAUGAACAUAAGGAUGCGCACAAAGAACCGGACUUUCGCAAAGGCAGCGUCACCAGCGGAAAAACGACCUCUACAGACGACAACGUCGAGAUGGACCUGAUAUAUUUUCUCAAAGAAGGGCGCCCGUGA